CUAGGGUUCUAACUUCUAAGGUCUUUUGCGAUGGAAGCGCCGCGGCUCACUUGCUUUUCCGACGAGGCGCACGACGCGAGCUUCCAUUUCCAGAUCCUCUGCCUGGACAAGCAGCUUUAUAUCUGGAUCGGAUGUAACUCCGCCAGGCUGGGGCAUCUCUUCGCCUCAAUCUCCACACCAUACGACAAGAUGCCGAGCUUAUCCGCCUUGAUCGGCGGCGGUGGCGCCAACAGCGCGGGAGGCGGCAUUGCUCGCAGGCUGGCUCUCAGGACGGGAUAUAGCGUUGUUCUCGCCGCAAAUCUUCCGUCCAAUGCGCCAUCGCUUGAGGGAUUUGCCGAAAGGAGAGUGCUAAAGGAACUCCAAGAUCUUGGAUAUACCCGAUAGCCCCUUUUUAUUAUUGUGUAUAUAAUUGCGAGACUAGCUUUAGGGUUCAUAGGGUUGGCGAAUCCAAAGGAAGAGAUGGCCGAUGACGGGUUUGUUGUU